UCUUACGGUAAGACUUACCCAGCUGGAUGAGUUCUGAUGAGGAACACAUUUAGAGGAGCAAACCUUAAUUUAAUUUAAAUUACAUGAAAAGGGUAGAAUCAAUUUUAUUUAGUGACAUCAAUAAUUUUGCUAAUUAUUAAAUUUGCUGUUGGUGUUUUCCAGCAUUUUGCUGAUUAUAGAUACCCAUGGCCAAACUGCGGGACAGUGUUGAUGAAUUGGUAUCUGAUGUAACCUGUUACAAGCCACUUCCUCUACUUCUUCAUUCUUACCUGGGACCUUUUUUGUGUAUAUAUUUUGCUCUAAUCAAUCUUUGGCUAUUUAAGUAUUCUGCUGAGGAAUCUCAAGAAAUCUGGUUUAUCUCGGUGGCUGGUGCAGUUAUUUUUCAAAUUCUUACUUAUCUUUUUUGUCACUGGUCAGUCGAUGUAAACUGUUUUCUCGCGUACAGUAAGGUUUCUCAUCCAUCCAUAGGACUUUUUGCAAAAGUUGUUCCCACUCCUAACAACGGAUCAACAGAAUUGGUGCGAUUAUGCCGGUCAAAAAUUUCAGACGAUGGUCAAGAAGUUUUAUGGUUUAGAUUUCAAAAGACAAAAUACAUUUUCAACGAAAGACUUGAAAAAUUUGAAGUUCUCAAAUUUCCUGUAAAUUUGAAUUUGUCGUUCUAUCUGGAUUGGAAAGGUCAUCAAGAAGAAAAUGAUCUUGCUCUUGCUGAGAAACAUUAUGGUAAAAAUGAUCUGGAAAUGGUUGUCCCAGAAUUUAUGGAACUUUUCAAAGAGAGAGCAACAGCCCCGUUCUUUGUUUUCCAAGUUUUCUGUGUUGCUCUUUGGUGUCUUGAUGAAUUUUGGUACUACUCCUUGUUCACUCUUUUUAUGCUCAUCGCGUUUGAAUGUGUUCUUGUCCAACAACAACUUCGAAAUCUUUCGGAAAUCCGUAAAAUGGGUAACAAACCUUACCCAAUUCAGGUUUACCGUAAUAGAAGGUGGAGAGCGAUCCCAAGUGAUGAAUUAGUUCCCGGUGAUAUUGUGUCAGUUAAUCGAUCACAAAAUGAUAAUCUUGUACCCUGUGAUCUUUUGCUGCUUCGAGGUUCAUGUAUUGUCGAUGAAUCUAUGUUAACUGGUGAAUCUGUACCUCAAAUGAAGGAACCAAUCGAAAAUGUGAAUGAACUCAACCGUCCUCUUGAUGUAGACGCAGAUGGUCGACUUCAUAUUCUUUAUGGAGGUACAAAAGUGGUUCAAAAUACUCCACCUGUUAAAUCUACGACUGGAAUAAAAGCUUCUGAUGGUGGCUGUACUGCUUACGUAUUGAGAACAAGUUUCAACACUUCUCAAGGAAAACUACUUCGUACUAUUCUAUUCGGUGUAAAACGUAUCACGGCCAAUAAUUUGGAAACAUUCGCUUUUAUUUUGUUUUUGCUGGUUUUCGCUAUCGCUGCUUCGGGUUAUGUUUGGGUUAAAGGAACUGAAGAUCCUAAACGCAAUCGUUACAAGCUUUUCCUUGAAUGUACUCUCAUCUUAACGUCUGUUGUUCCACCAGAGCUUCCAAUAGAGUUGUCACUUGCAGUUAAUACAUCACUUUUAUCUCUUUCCAAAUUAUUUAUUUAUUGCACUGAACCUUUUCGCAUUCCAUUUGCUGGUAAAGUUGAAAUUUGCUGCUUUGAUAAAACUGGAACUUUGACAAGUGAUGAUCUCGUAGUUGAAGGUGUCACUGGCAUUAAAGGACAAGAGAAACCAUCUUCCAAUAUUAUACCUGUUAUCGAUGCACCGAUUGAGACAAUUCAAGUGCUGGCCACUUGUCAUUCUUUGGUUCAAUUAGAUGAUGGUUUAGUUGGGGAUCCCCUUGAAAAAUCCAUUUUAUCUGCAAUCGAAUGGAACUUGACCAAAGGAGAAGCAGUUAUACCCAAAAAGGGCAAACAUCCUGCUAUCAAAAUUUUCCACCGAUUUCAUUUUUCAUCUAGUCUUAAAAGAAUGUCUGUAAUAGCCGGUUACACUCCACCUGGAUCUUCUGGGACCAAUUAUUUAGCAUUAACGAAAGGAGCGCCUGAAGUUCUCCGUAAUAUGUUCACCAAAAUCCCCGAAAACUACGAUGAAAUAUACAUUUCUAUGUCUAAAAAAGGUGCUCGUAUCUUAUCACUUGGUCGUCGUGAAAUUGGAAAUCUAUCUCAUCAAGAAUUACGUGACUUGUCUCGAGAAGAUAUUGAAAAGAAUUUAGAAUUUGUUGGAUUCAUUGUGAUUUCUUGUCCUCUCAAAAAAGAUUCAAAAGCUGUGAUAAAAGAAAUUAUAGAUUCAAGUCACUAUGUCAUGAUGAUUACUGGAGAUGGACCUUUAACUGCCUGUCACGUAGCUAGAGAACUUUUGUUCUGUAGGAACGAAGACACUUUAAUCUUGACAUCUUCCGAAAACGGAGCUGCAUGGCAUUGGAAAGCUAUCCAUACUGAAUCAGAGUACGAAUGUAUUCCAGAUUUGAGACAAGAUUUUUACCUUGACUACGAUUUAUGCCUUACUGGCGAUGGAAUGAACUAUCUUCUUGAAAAUCAUGCUAAAUUUCUUUACAAAAUUCUCCCUCGUAUUGUUGUAUGGGCCCGUGUUACUCCUAAACAAAAGGAAUUUGUGAUAACUUCCCUUAAAAGUUUAGGAUACACAACCUUAAUGUGUGGUGAUGGAACUAAUGAUGUUGGUGCUUUGAAACAUGCUGAUGUUGGAGUUGCAUUAUUAACUCACGCUCCAUUGACACCAAAUGACUUCAAGCCUCGUAAACCAAUUGAUCCAGCUGCCUUAGGAUCAAGUUUGAUGAAUGCAAAUGAUCCAAACUUGCGGAACCGCGCCAACCGUCGCAUAGGACCCAACGAUAGAUCAACUGCAGUUGGAAAUAGUCCUCGACAACAACCCUUAACUCGUGCUGAAAAAUAUGCUGAAAUGCAGCGAAAUUUGCAGAAAAUGUUACAAGAAAUGGAUGAGCAAGAUAAAGCUCAGAUUGUAAAAUUAGGUGAUGCUAGUAUUGCCGCACCUUUCACUUCCAAAUUGUCUUCGAUUCAAUGUGUUUGCCAUAUAGUCAAACAAGGACGAUGUACUCUUGUAACAACACUACAAAUGUUCAAAAUAUUGGCUUUGAAUGCGCUCAUUUUGGCUUACAGUCACAGCGUACUUUACCUAGACGGCAUCAAAUUCAGUGAUGGUCAAGCUACGUUGCAAGGUUUUCUUUUGGCUGGUUGCUUCCUUUUUAUAUCUCGCUCUAAGCCAUUGACAGUGCUUUCUAAGACGAGACCUCUAGCUAAUAUUUUCAAUAUUUACACCAUAUCAACUGUAAUGUUGCAAUUUGCUAUUCACUUUUGUACUCUCAUCUACUUGGUUAGAGAGGCUAAAGCUAGAUCACCUCCGAGAAAUGAUGAAUUCACCAAUCUUGAUGCUGAAUUCCAACCAUCAUUGCUUAACAGCACAGUGUAUAUAAUUUCUGUUGCUUUACAAGUAUCAACAUUUGCGGUUAAUUAUAAGGGCCAUCCUUUUAUGGAAAGUUUGAAAGAAAACAAACCGCUUAUGUACAGCAUAUUUGGCUCUAUAACAGCUGUAAUUGCUCUUGUUACAGGUUAUUUUCCUGACCUGGCUCAACAAUUUGCCAUCGUUGAGUUCCCUCUUGAGUUUCAAUGGGUCGUUCUCUCGAUAUUAGGUGCUGAUCUAGCAUUGGCUUUUGCAAUUGAUAGGAUUUGUGAAUUUUUAUUUGGAAAAGGAAGAUUGAGAAAAAUGUAAAUCUCCAAACUAGAGAAGAUUUUAUUUAUUAUUGAUAUACAAUUCAUACUAUAUUUGUACUGGUGGUCAAAAUUGCUGAUGCUUGGCUCACAGCUGUGGGAUUCAAAACGUCUCAAGAAAUUUAUGCCCUUUUGGUCUAUCUUGAGGCAAUCUAAGGUUAAUGUAAAAUAUAUUUAGUGACUAUACAAAGGAAUGCGAUUUCCCGAUCAAAUAUCUAUCGAGAGCAAACAAAAUCUGUCUUAUAAUCCCUGUGAUCUGAUGUUUAUCCAAGUCAUCCUCAUCUCGAUGAACAUAAUAUUCUGACAGUUUUGUUUUUUUAACAAACAAUGAAAAAGAAAAAAAUUAAAUUUUAUUAAAUUAAAUCAAUUU